AUGCCGAAUUUCGGAAGGCGCACAAUCUACAGGACUGGUCUGGCUGGCAUGUUGAUCAUUCAGCUAGUUAUUGGCGGUCUCGGAUUCUCUCUGAGUCACUCUACAAAGAUGGUGAUCGGCAUUCUUCUCAUCAUCUGUACCCUCGUCAACACUAUUUUCAUGGGUGCAACUUGCUACCCGAUUGUUGCCGAAACGCCUUCUGGUCGUCUGCGUUACAAGACUAUUGCCAUUGGCCGAUUUUGUUAUAAUAUUGCCGGCCUGAUUCCAGAAAGUAAGGGUCGCUUAUUUGGUGAGCUGGACUUGUUGUUCGAGCAGCGAGUUCCAGCCAGAAAGUUCGAAACGACUUCUGUUGAUGAAUUCGCCCACAGUGCCGUCUAUCAAAAGACUCUCGACGAGAAGGAGGCAGCCUUUGCGGCCGUUCCCGAGCACAAGGACUAA